AAGACUUGGGCGUUCAAUUGCUCCCUUUAUAAUGCAACACAAAGACCCUCUGGUUCACCAACAUUUGCUUGUAACCCAGAGGAGAUAAUGAGUUCAAAGAAACUUCAGGCCUCUCUUGUCUUCUUCAUCUGGGGUUCGUUGGUUUGUCUCUCUCAUGGUGUUCCCAGUAAGUACUCCAUCUUAGGCUAUGAACUUGACAAGUAUCCUUCCGACGAGGAACAAGUGCUCGAGCUGUUCCAACGUUGGAAGAGGGAGCAUGGAAGGUUUUACAGACACCCAGAAGAAGCAGCCAUGAGGUUGGAGAACUUCAAGAGGAAUCUCAAAUAUGUUGUAGAGAAGAAUGCAAUGAUGACUUCUCCCAAUGCGCACCGUUUGGGUCUGAACAGGUUUGCUGAUAUGACCAAUGAAGAGUUCAGGACAAAAUAUUUUUCAAAGAUGAAGAAGCCUAUCAAGACAAGGGACAAUAGCGUCAUGAAUGGAGGCUUCCAUUUAAAGGACGGGUCUUGUGAAGAUGCGCCUUCCUCCUUAGAUUGGAGAACGAAGGGGGUUGUUACUGGUGUUAAGAACCAAGAAGAUUGUGGAAGCUGCUGGGCCUUCUCUUCCACGGGAGCCAUGGAAGGAAUAAAUGCAAUAGUCACAGGGAAACUCAUUAGUCUCUCAGAACAAGAGCUUGUGGACUGUGACACCACUAAUGAUGGAUGUGACGGAGGGAACAUGGAUUACGCUUUCGAAUGGGUUAUAAGCAAUGGUGGGAUUGACACAGAAACUAAUUAUCCAUAUACUGGAGCAGAUGGAACCUGCAACAUCACUAAGGAGGAGAGAAAAGUGGUUGGCAUUGAUGGAUAUAAGGAUGUGGCACGAACAGAGAGUGCUCUUCUGUGUGCAACAGUGAAGCAGCCUAUCAGCGUGGGCAUGGAUGGCUCUGCAAUUGAUUUCCAACUCUAUACUGGUGGGAUUUAUGAUGGGAGUUGCUCAAGUGAUCCAGAAGAUAUUGAUCAUGCGGUUUUGAUUGUGGGGUAUGGUUCAGAGGAUGGUGAGGAUUACUGGAUUGUGAAGAAUUCCUGGGGAACAAGCUGGGGACUAGACGGCUAUUUCUUACUUAAAAGGAACGGUGCUGAGAAAUAUGGGAAAUGUGGAGUAGCUUACAUGGCUUCAUACCCAACCAAAGAGUCCUCCGCACCAUCCCCAGCUGGUCCUCCCCCACCAGUAACGCCACCGCCUCCUCCUCCUCCUCCGUCGCCUUCACCAAGGAAAUGCGGAGACUUCUUCUUUUGUGCUGCAGAUCAAACAUGUUGUUGCAUUUUGGAUUCACUCGAUUUCUGCCUGAUCUAUGGUUGCUGUGAUUAUGAGAAUGCUGUUUGCUGCUGCGGAACAAAUUAUUGUUGCCCCAGUGACUACCCCAUUUGUGACGUUCAAGAGGGAUUGUGUCUCAAAAAAUCGGGAGACGUGAUGGGGGUGGCUGCCAAGAAGAAGAAGAUGGCAAAGCACAAGUUUCCAUGGAGUAAGGUUGAAAGAGAAGCUGGGGAGAGAAAGACGUACCGUCUCCUGGAGCUGAAGAGGAACCCAUUCGCAGCAGCAAUGCGCUGAACAUGAAGACUGAUGCGAAGUGAUUCCUUGUCAGUAGUAAUUUGAUCUUUUUCUGUAGAAUCAGAAGCAGAAUCACUUGGCUGCUUCCAUUUCCAUGUAGGCGUUAAUGGGCACAGAACAGGUAGUGUGAACCAAAUCAGGAACACAUUGAAGGUGAUAAAGACGAGGCUUUGUGUUUCUGCAGAUUCUGUAUCAUCCACACAGUAAUAAUGUGCUCUAUUUAUACUGGAAUGUUGGUUUCAGUUUGUUGCUGAAACUCAUGGGCGUCCUAUAUUAUUCUAAACCCUUGGAUUAGAGUGCUCGGUGGCGUAUCAUCCAUGAAGUACUUUUAAACCGGUAAAAUAAUAAUAAUCGUUAUUACUUUUUACA